GGGCGAGUGAGUCGGGAGUUAAGUUACACACGGCAAAAGAUUGGAGAAGAGGCCAUGUUUAAUCCUCAACUGAUGAUUCAGACACCACAAGAAGAGACUGCUAAUGUACUAACAACAGAAGCGCUCAGACAGCACCUUGAUUCUGCACUACAAGCCAGCAAGAUACAUGUAUAUAUGUACAACAGACAAUGGAAAUUGGAACAUUUAUGUCACAAAUCAGGGGAACCCAUCACAGAAACAGGUUACAUGGACAAGAUUAUAGAACACCUUUACCCUUGUUUAAUUAUCACACCACUGGACUGCUUCUGGGAGGGCGCAAAGUUACAGUCUGGGACUGCAUAUCUACCAGGAAAACCCCAUUUGCAGUGGACCAACUUUGACCCCUUAGAAUUCUUGGAAGAGCUGAAGAAGAUAAACUCCCAAGUAGAUACUUGGGAGGAGAUGCUGAAUAAGGCAGAAGUUGGCCAUGGAUAUAUGGAUCGGCCUUGCCUAAACCCUGAUGAUCCCGACUGUCCUAUAACCGCCCCCAACAAAAAUUCAACCAAACCUCUUGAUGUCGCCCUUGCUUUAAACGGUGGAUGCUAUGGGCUGUCAAAAAAAUACAUGCAUUGGCAAGAAGAACUGAUUAUUGGUGGCACUGUUAAAAAUGGUACUGGGGGGAAACUUGUCAGUGCUCAGGCUUUACAGACCAUGUUUCAGCUAAUGACUCCAAAGCAAAUGUAUGAACACUUCAAGGGUUACGACUACGUUUCGCACAUCAACUGGAAUGAGGACAAGGCGGCUGCGAUCCUGGAAGCAUGGCAGAGGAUGUAUGUUGAGGUUGCUCAUCAAAGUCUUGCACAAAACUCUACUCAGAAGGUGCUUUCCUUUACAACGACGACGCUGGAGGACAUCCUAAAGUCAUUUUCUGACGUCAGCGUCAUCAGAGUUGCUAGUGGCUAUCUAUUAAUGCUUGCCUACGCCUGCUUAACCAUGCUGAGGUGGGACUGUGCUAAAUCCCAGGGUGCUGUGGGUCUGGCAGGAGUCUUGUUGGUUGCUCUCUCAGUAGCCGCCGGAUUGGGACUGUGUUCCUUGAUUGGGAUUUCCUUUAACGCUGCCACAACUCAGGUUUUACCCUUUCUUGCUCUUGGAGUUGGGGUAGAUGAUGUCUUUCUUUUGGCACAUGCAUUUAGUGAAACUGGGCAGAAUAAGAGAAUUCCAUUUGAGGAUAGAACAGGGGAAUGUCUGAAACGCACGGGUGCAAGUGUGGCCCUUACAUCUAUUAGCAACGUUACUGCAUUUUUCAUGGCUGCCUUAAUUCCCAUUCCAGCUCUCCGGGCAUUUUCACUCCAAGCUGCUGUGGUUGUAGUAUUUAACUUUGCCAUGGUUCUGUUAAUUUUUCCUGCUAUUUUGAGUAUGGACCUAUACCGCCGGGAAGAUCGGAGGCUGGAUAUAUUCUGCUGUUUUACAAGCCCCUGUGUCAGCAGAGUCAUUCAGAUUGAACCUCAAGCGUAUGCAGAGGCCGGCGAUAACUUCCGCUACAGCCCUCCACCGCCCUACAGCAGCCCCAGUUUUGCCCACGAAACUCAAAUCACAAUGCAGUCUACAGUCCAGCUGCGCACUGAAUACGACCCACACACUCAGGUUUAUUACACCACAGCAGAACCUCGGUCCGAAAUAUCAGUCCAACCGGUCACUGUGCCACAGGAUGACCUCAGCUGUCAGAGCCCGGAAAGCACCAGUUCAACCAGGGAUCUUCUUUCUCAGUUCUCCGAAACUACAUUGCAUUGUCUUGAGCCACCCUGUACUAAAUGGACACUCUCCUCUUUUGCUGAAAAGCAGUAUGCGCCACUCCUGUUAAAACCAAAAGCAAAGAUUAUGGUCAUUUUUCUUUUUCUGGGUUUACUUGGCCUUAGUCUUUACGGAACGACUCGUGUGAAAGAUGGAUUGGAUCUCACAGACAUUGUGCCACGGGAGACUCGGGAGUAUGAGUUCAUUGCAGCCCAGUUCAAAUACUUCUCAUUCUACCAUAUGUAUAUUGUUACCCAGAAAGCGGAUUAUCCCAACAUCCAACAUUUACUUUAUGAACUUCACAGAAGCUUCAGCAAUGUGACCUAUGUUUUAUUGGAAGAAAAUAAGCAACUCCCUAAAAUGUGGUUGCAUUAUUUUAGAGACUGGCUGCAAGGUCUCCAGGAGGCUUUUGACAAAGACUGGAAAUCUGGGCAGAUCACCCUUCACGGUUACAAAAAUGGAUCUGAAGAUGCUGUUUUGGCUUACAAACUUCUAGUUCAGACUAUUUCAAACAUCCGAGAGAAACCCCUUAACGUGAGCCAGUUGGCUAAACAGCGCUUAGUGGAUGCAGAUGGAAUCAUUAACCCAAAGGCGUUCUACAUGUAUCUAACAGCCUGGGUUAGCAACGAUCCUGUGGCAUACGCUGCCUCUCAAGCCAACAUACGGCCCCAUCGUCCAGAAUGGGUUCAUGAUAAAGCAGACUAUAUGCCAGUAACCAGAGAUAGAUUCCCAGAAGCUGAGCCAAUUGAAUAUGCUCAGUUUCCUUUCUACCUCAAUGGACUGCGCGAUACCUCUGAUUUUGUGGAAGCUAUAGAGAAAGUGAGAGCAAUCUGCAAUAAUUACACUAGCCUUGGGAUUCCCAGUUACCCAAAUGGGUAUCCCUUUCUCUUUUGGGAACAAUAUAUAAGCCUUCGUCAUUGGCUCCUCUUAUCCAUUAGCGUGGUUCUGGCCUGCACAUUUCUGGUGUGUGCCCUCAUUCUUCUGAACCCCUGGACAGCUGGGAUCAUUGUGGUUGUACUGGCUCUUAUGACAGUGGAACUCUUUGGCAUGAUGGGUCUAAUUGGAAUAAAACUAAGUGCAGUUCCUGUCGUCAUCCUGAUUGCAUCUGUUGGAAUUGGAGUGGAAUUCACGGUUCAUAUUGCUUUGGCAUUUCUAACAGCAAUAGGAGACAAAAAUCAUAGGACUAUCCUUGCAUUAGAACACAUGUUUGCACCCGUGUUGGAUGGAGCUGUGUCUACACUACUUGGCGUAUUAAUGCUUGCGGGAUCUGAAUUUGACUUUAUUGUCAGGUAUUUCUUUGCUGUUUUGGCAAUUUUAACUAUCUUGGGCGCUUUGAAUGGAUUGGUGCUGCUUCCUGUUCUCCUUUCCCUAUUUGGACCAUAUCCUGAGGUUUCUCCAGCUGAUGGAAGGAGAAGACUGCCUACCCCUUCUUCUGAACCUCCCCCAAGCAUUGUGAGGUUUGCUGUUCCACCGACUCAUGGUCAAAAUGGCUCAGAUACAUCUGAUUCUGAAUACAGUUCUCAGACAACAGUAUCAGGAAUCAGUGAGGAACUACAUCAAUAUGAGGGCCCCCAGAGAACUGGGGCCCCAGUCCAUCAAGUCAUUGUUGAAGCAACUGAAAAUCCGGUGUUUGCCAAAUCCACGGUGAUCCAACCAGAAUCAAGCUAUUAUCCAUCAAGCCCAAAGCUACAGUCUAACCAAGACCCUGGAAUCCAACAAACAUGGCAUAAGAGCAAGAAGUUGAAAAGAGAACCAAGGGAAAGACUUCAACCACCCCCUUACCGGCCACGUAGAGAUGCCUUUGAAACUUUUACUAAAGGGCAUUCCUGUUCUAGUAACAGGGAUUGCUCUGGUCAGAGAACUCGUUCUCAGAACAUCAGAAAUCCAGCCUUCACCGCCACAGGCUCUUCUGUGCCAUCAUGCUGCCAGCCUAUCACUACCGUGACUGCCUCAGCUUCAGUUACUGUAGCUGUACAUCCUGCUGGGCACAGCCACAAUCCUCAUGGAGGAAGCUUUCCAGCCUAUGAGAGACACCAUGAAGCUGAGCAUGGACAAUUUGAGGAUCCUCAUGUGCCAUUUAAUGUCCGGUGUGAGAGGAGGAACUCUAAAAUAGAAAUCAUAGAACUGCAAGAUGUUGAAUGUGAAGAAAGGGCUCAUGGCGAGGGCUCGGAUUAA